UUUAUUCUAAGAUUUUAACAUUGGUUGUAGCGUUGGUUUUUUUGAAGCAAAAGGGGGUGGAGGAUGUAUUUAUUCAAGGAGCACAAUGUCGAGUUCUACGCCCGACGGCCGAGAGACGAAGAAAAAUAUCCUCGCAUUAUCGAAUAAUUUUAUUUCUACCAUGUGCAUUUGCGCUAGUUCUCAAUUUGUAUACUUUUCAAAAAACAUUUCGACUAGAGAACACUGAACAUAGGCUUUAUUUAGAGUAUUAUGCACUGCAGUGUAUAGGCCCACACUACACUAGGCCUACAGUACACACAAAAGAAAAGGCAUGUUCAUGAUGGCAUCUGGCAGCAUUGAUAACUGUCUGAUUCAGAACUAAUCAAUACAAGUAAUCUGCGUGUUGUUCUCAAUAGUAUCAGCUACAGUCACGGUUAUUCUCUCCCGAUUACAAGGAAGGCUACACAGUAACCGACAAAACACAGAUAUAAACAAAUAUACGCCUAUAAUGUAGGCCUGAAGCGCAUCAAGCAACGAAUUCCUCGAUUAAAGCCGUAGCCCUACUUUAUGGUUUGUUUUGAGUCACAAUAAGGCCUGCAGUUAUUCUCGUUCACUAGACAUGAAUCACAUGAUUUACCUUAUUUGUAAUUGUCAGAAUUAUGACUGUACUUCAACCUACAAAGCAGACCAAAGAUAAUAUUUUUUUUGCCAGAGGGACUGAUGGAUCCAAGGCACAGUACAGUGCACAUUUAUGCUGUUUAUGGCAUAUGUACUGCUAUUCAUGUAGACCUGCCUAUAAAUAUUACAGUAUCAGACUCCUUUUAAAGAUGUCCCAACUUGGGUUAAGAGUAUACCGGCAUGCCAGUCAAGUAGUCAGCUGACGGCAGUCACUAGAGUCAGGGGAGAGAGCCAGAGAAGACUGGCCUAUUUAAACUGUAUGGAGUUACUAUCAAACUUCCUGAUUGUAAUCAUUUACAUGCCAAACCAUACUAUGGCAAUGCUCAAUAGCGUAACAGAGAGACAAAAGCCUGCGUUCGAUGAAAACUGUAUAGUCCUACAGUAUAGGUGAUCCCCUCCUUCACAUAAAGGCACAGAACCAAUGACUCUGGGUUCCCCAACAUCGCAUAAACCCGGCCUGGGUGCCCAGUUCCUUCCUGGGUUUUUGAUGGGGGAUCUGCCAGCACCUGUCACACCCCAGCCUCGGUCAUUUGGGCUCAUGGAAAUGAGGUCACCAUUUCAAGCAGGUGGCUCUCCCCCCCAACCUGUAGUUCCUACACCUAAAGACAAGAGUGGGGCCCCUCCAGUCAGGAGUAUCUAUGAUGAUCUCUCCAGUCCUGCCAUCGGGAUGUCCCCUAUGGGUGCACAUAAACAGCCCUUCUCAAUGAUGCAAACCCCACUGUCUGGUUAUAUGGCUGUCACACCAGGAACAGCGUCCAGUCUAUUUAGUCCUGCUAGUACCGGUCAGCAGGCCAAGUCAACAAUGUCUCCGGCCCAAGUAGACCCUUUCUUCACUCAGGGAGACGCACUGUCUUCUGAAGACCAUCUAGAUGAUACUUGGAUCACUGUAUUUGGGUUCCCUCCGGCCUCCGCGUCUUAUAUUCUGUUGCAGUUCGCCCAGUAUGGAAACAUAACAAAACACGUGAUGUCCAACACUGGUAACUGGAUGCACUUUCAAUAUCAGUCAAAACUACAAGCAAGAAAAGCUCUUAGUAAAGACGGGAAGAUUUUUGGCGAGGCUAUAAUGAUUGGUGUUAAACCAUGCAUCGAUAAGAAUGUGAUGGAGAGCUCAGACCGAGGCUCUACCUCCUCUGGCUCAGUGUUUACUCCUCCAGUCAGAAAUGGAACCCCCAGCCACCAUGUCACUACACCUCGCUCCUCUAUGAGGCCCCUCAGUGCAGCCUAUAAGGCCUGCAGCAGUGACUACCAGGUAUGUUCAAAGGAACCGUUUUGGCAGCAUUGCUUUACUGGUAAUAUACACUAUACAAGCGUCACUGACCUAACCAAGCCAGCCUCGCCCUCGUGUGGUGCCAGCCUCGCCCUCGUGUGGUGCCAGCUUCGCCCUCGUGUGGUGCAUGUAUUUUUAUUUAUAUUUAUUUUACCUUUAUUUAACCAGGUAGGCUAGUUGAGAACAAGUUCU